GGUCGUCGUUCAAGGCGAUGCCGAAAUUAUGACGUAUAAUGUGGGGGACGGGACGCGUACAACAACAGCUAGUCAAACAGUCCGUUUGGAUCAAUUUGCUUUCCGUCGUUGCCGAUCCAGCAUUCGACCUCUUUUGACAAGUUCGAUGUAUAUUUCGCUGUCGCAAUUCAACGAACUUUUCGUUGUCAGUAGUCAGCUUAUUGGAUUGCUAAAUUGCUAGCUUAGUCAUUAAUGCUAAACUGCCUAGUAUCCUCGACAAUGAGCUCGCUAAACCACUUCUCCCCUGCCAAAAAACUCGGGAAUGAAGAAGCUGUGACAGUUAAAAAAGAAUUAGAUGGCGUGGAUGCUACGGUGAAAGAAGAAGAGAAAGAGAUACAAAUUGAUGCCGUUUUUGGACUGAAGGAGGAGGAAGAGGAGACAGAGGUUUAUGGAGUGGAGGGGGAGAUUACAGUCAUGUUGGAGAAGGAAGGGGAGAAUACAGACUCUUCAGGAGAACCAGACCCAGAGACCACCAAACCAGCAAGAUCACACCACUGCACGCUGUGUGGAGAAAGUUAUAUGUGGAAAUAUGAACUAAGAAAACAUGAGAACACACACACAAGAGAGAAGCCCUAUAAGUGUUCCAAGUGUGGACAGCAUUUUACCCUGCAAGGGCAACUGAAAGAACAUAAGAUAACACACACUGGAAAGAAGCCUUACAAAUGCUCCCAGUGUGAAAGGAGUUUUACCUAUUCAGGGCAUCUGAAAAAUCAUGAGAAAACACACAGAGCAGAAAAGCCUUACCACUGCUCCCACUGUGGAAAGGGUUAUAAAACAUCACGGAAUUUGCAAGUGCAUGAAAGAACACACACUGGAGAGAAGCCAUAUAAAUGCUCUCAGUGUGAAAAGAGAUUUAUCUACUCAAGUAGCCUGAGAGAACAUAAAAAAACACACACUGGAGAGAAGUCCUAUAAAUGUUCUCAGUGUGAAAAGACAUUUAUCUACUCAAGCAGCCUGAGAGAACAUAAAAAAAAACACACUGAACAGAACCCAUAUAAAUGUUUUUGGUGUAAAAAUAUUUUUUUCUCAUUAGAAAAUCUAAAACAACAUAAGAGAACACACUUAAGUCGUUUCCAGUGUGCUCAGUGUGGAAAAGGUUUUAAACGUGGCGAUUACUUGAAAGCACAUAUAAGAACACACACUGGAGAGAAACCAUAUAAAUGCUCUCUGUGUGGAAAAGCAUUCACUUCAACUGGUGGCCUUAAAGCACAUUACGUAACACAUCCAAGAGAAGAGAGGGGGGAUUGGCCAAAGCCUAGCAGAAGGCAGAAUUUUAGUAAAGAAGGAAAUUAUUAAAUGACUACAUCACAGGCUGAAGCCCAGUUGUUCACACCUGCAUGUGUUCAUCCAAUGGUCACCUACACAUAUUAGUCAUCUACGUGCCCAGGAGGUCGUCUACGCGCCCAAGAGGUCGUCAACGUUCCCAGGAGGUGGUCUAUGCGCACAGGAGGUGGUCUGCAUGCACAGGAAGUGGUCUAUGAACAGAAAGUGGUCUAUACGUACAUGUUUCUCUACGUUCAGUAAGGAAACACCAGGAAGUAGAUUUAAUAUAUUCAGGGAAAUAUUUGGUUGUUAUCCAGAGGAUAACAUUUGACCGGUUUUCAAAACACCAAACAGUUCAGUGUGUUGGGUUUCUCUUUAUUUGCCACUGGAAAGGAUGUAACAACCCUGGUAUAGUCACAGCUGGAAUGAUGAAGUCUCCUGAAUUCACUGCUCCAAUCAUCUCCAUGCAGAAAAGGACUGGCCAACGCUAGAAGGUGGCUUUCGUCCGUGAGUAUCCACGUUCUACGGGAAUGCCACUCAAAGCUUCACCAACAGCAGCUUUGGGCUGGUCUCCCUAUGCAGAGAGGUUGGAUGCCCCAGUCUAGCCUGGCUACUGGAACUAUGGUAGGCUGCUAGCUGGUAUAAAAAUCUGCAAGCUAAUUGCAGCGUUAGCCUUAAGCUUUCGGUUUCAUCAGUAAUCUGUUUUGAUGUAACCAAAUUGCUCAUCAGUACUAUCAGAAUCAGUACUCAGAUCAUUUAGUGACAAAGGAAAAGUGUUUUUAGAAAACAGUGCAAUGUUGCCUGUGCAAUGUGGAGGUAAUUGUGUUCUUGUUUGGGCAAUUCUCUUUCUUUUACACAUAUUUCCCAAAAUAAAA